AUGAAAAAUUAGGAUGAGAAAAAACAUUAAUUAGAUAGAAUCGGCACAGCCAGUACUAUGGCUUAAACUGGACAAUAAUCUCAUUUUUAAUAAUAAUUCUAAUGUGAAUUUACUUAAACCACUUUUGGUAAAAUGAAAAAAGAACAAAACUAUAAGAUCAAUAAUAGAUAUUAAAAACAAGAUAAUAAUGAUGAGCCUGUCGAUUAAGAUCAGUAAAUAAGUGAUAACUAGAACUAAUAGGAAAUAUAAUAAUUUUAAUAAAAAGAGUUGUAAACAAAACAAAAAAAAACAAAAGAAGAUGAAUACUAGAAAUUAAUUAAAUUUAAUGAAGAUCAAUAUAAUGAUUGUAAUCAAUAUUCAGAACCCGAUUAAAAUUAGGAAUCACCUGUUAUGAAACCUAAGAAAAUUUAAGGUGAUCACCUUUAUAUCACUUGGUAUGAUAUAUUUGAAUUUUAGUUAGAUAAAGCCUUUUGGUGAAUUUUUAUUAAAGUAUCAUUUACAAGAUAUUGCUCAUCCUUAUAUUAAAAAGAGGACAACAACAAAAUGCUGUUUUUUUGCUGUGAAUACUAAAUAAUCUCUCUAUUAGACAUAAAAAUAAAAUCUUAUUAAAGUAGGCUAGAUUUUAUAUGAUGAUACUAAUGAAGAUCAUUGUAACUUACUAUAUUCAAUUUUCUAUUUAUUAUUUUAAUUAGAAAAAUUAUCAAAAAGAAAAUCUUAAGAGAUCUCAAAUAAUAAAAUUAACUUAUUCUAAUUAUUAUAUACUUUAUCUUGUGUUACAUCGUUUAGAGAUGAUUUAUAUUAAAUUGGAAAAUUUGAUAAAGAAAAAAUAGUCUCUAUAAUGUUUUUUUGUUCUAAAUACAUUUUUGAACUUUUAUAAUAUGGAAGUUUGGAUCCAAUUUUUAAAAAUACUGAAAGUAAUGGGGAAACAUUCCAUAAUCUUAUGACUUGUAUACAUAUGGGAGUAUUUCUAUAUAUUUCUAAUUCUAAUUAUACAUAGGAAUAGGAAAUCUAUUAAAAUUUAUAAAAUAAAAAUGUAAAACAACUUUUAGAUAUUUGGAAAGAAAAUAAAUUUAAAAAUAAUUGA